CUUAAUACCAUCCAGUUUGUGUUCAUUUGAGGUAUCCACGAAGAUGUCCAACACUUAAAUUAUCAUUAAGUCACUGCUGUAACUUACAUUACAGAUUCAUCGCAACUGAAUGCCAACAGCAGAUUUCCUGUGUAUGCAUUCAUUCUAUCAGCAGCAGUGGUGGUGCCAGCAUUUGCUGUAAUUACCAGGUCUCUGCACCAGCUGUGCAGAAGAAAGGUGAAGGCUGGUGACAACCAUAUCUUGUGUUAUACUUGGAUGGUCGUUUUUUUGCUCCUUGCCUCCAUAUUGAAUAUCAUCAACUUGUUCGACAAUGUGGCAAACAAUCGGGUAUUCCGGAAAUCCAGCCGUUCUUGUUACUAUGUAUACGUUUUUCAAGGGUCAUUGACUACUACAACAGGACUUAUAAUCUGCUUUCUGGGACUGGACAAUCUGUUGAACGUGCUUCACAAAGGAAGGUUUUGUUGUUUAUGCAAUAUCACGAAGGGAAGAAUCCAUGUGAUAUGCAUAUCACUCCUUGUCAUGAGCAUUUUCUUGAAUGACAUUCCAGAUGUGCUUGGUGUUACGAAGCACACCCUUGUAUUCUAUUGCUGGAAAGGCAGUGCUUUUGGCAACCAGACAUUGUUUGUUGGGCAGAUAGAGAUUGCUAUGCAGUUGGUUAUCAUAACCCUUAUGAUCAUCAUUUGCAUUGUGGUGCGACAACUGGCUAGAAAGAAUUUACGCACAAACUGUAAGGUUACAACACCUGAUUUUCUUCUUGAUCCAGAUGAUACAGAUGAAUUUAAACUGAAAUACAUUAAUCAACGUGAUAAGGUGCACGUGCUUAUUAUGGAGGCUUCAGAUGAAAAUGGUAAAAUAUUGGUAGAAGAGAACAAAAUAAUUGAACAGAAUAUCAAACCAAUAUUACCUGGGAGUAGCAUUAGGCGUAGUCGACGAGUUGCUACAAAUGAUGCAGAAGAAAGCUCAAAGUCUUCUGGUAACCUUUCUGAUUAUGGACUGACAAUGCCUGACGAUCACAAUGAGCUGAAUAGACACAGUCUAUCAAUCAGACAGUCAGUGUUCUUGGGACACAAACAUUUGUCAUAUAGAAGACCUUUCAAGAGCGACUCAGACAUAGGAAGAAAACCCCACCACAGACAAACAAUAUCUCCCGAGAUAAGCAGACUUCGAGCACUAGAGAUGUUUAUGCCCGGAGAAUUUGGCGAUAUGAAAGAGAGGUUGAUAGCAGAUGAGAGUUCAAGUGAAGAGGAAACUUUAUUUACAGACAGGCAGUGAAGGAUACUUCAAUCUGAGCUUGCCUUCAGGCAGUAAGAAAUGUCGCAGCAACACAGAGUGUAACAAUUAUGAUGAAGAUGACGAUGACAGUGAUGUCUUUGUUGGCAUUGAUAAUAUUGAGUUGAAGACCCUGCCACAAAGAGUCAUGGAAGAAACAGUAACAUGUAAGAGAAUUACAUUUUCAGAGUCUGGCAAAUGCAUCAGAAGGAAAAAAGUGUAAUUUUUACAUGAGAUCAUGUUCUGAAAAGGGCAUCUUAAAGAAAGAAAGAUAUGUUGAACAAAUGAAAGCCUGUUCAUAUUGACCCAGUUGUUAAUAUUUUGAAGACACCAGUUAUUGAUGAUGGUGGUGCAAAUGAUCAAUUGACACAUGGGCAUGGUGACUCCUCUUAUGGGGAUCAUUCUUUAGUUUCGGUCAGUGUCCAUAAAGAUGAAGGUUCACCCAAGUCUGAAGUUAUUGAUCUUGUUGGGUGUAAUAAAAGUGACCAGGACAGGAUAUCUAGAAAUAUGGGCGCUGAAGACUGCUUAGAAUUGCAUGAAAAGGCAGAAGAAUCGAAAGAGGUUAAUGAGAAAAAAGCUAACGAGAGUAAGCCGGUGAGUUUUAAGCAAGACUUUGAAUCUAAGACAAGUGAGGCUGCAAUGAACGGAGAUAAGGAAAAACAUGUGCAGCCAAUUACGAGUUUUACUGCAAUUUCUCCAAGAGACAACCCUCAAGAACAAAGUAGCAGGAAGACAGAAAGACUCACAAAUAAUAAAAAUGAGAGCACAAUUGAAGUUAUAUCGGACAAAAGUACAGAAGAAAGGAUCAAUGUGGAAGAAGGUAAUUGUGAGAUGGUUAAGGAGGUUCUAACAUACAAAGAAUUCUACAAGAAGUAUAUGAAGAAGCCGGUCUAUGAUGUUACCUGCCUCAUGUUGUGCUACACGCUCUGUAUGACAACAGAGCUGGGGCUGGACUUGUACAGGGUGAUGAGGAACCAGACUAUCAUACAGACAGACAUUGACGGAUUGGUGUUGGUCAUAUCGGAUGCCACAUUUGGCUUGCUGUCCUUAAUGAUAUCCUCUGUGUUCUUGAAGAGGUUUUGGAAGAGACGUGACAAGCCACUGCAAAAAGAAGAGCUGCCACCAAGUUGAAAAGGGAAACAUUGUCAAAUAGAAAUUAUCAUAUUUGUUUACGUGUUGUUUUCUUUGUUGCAAAAUUCUAUUGUUUAUUUGUCUGUAAAACAAUAACAUAAUCAUUGUUUGUUUAUUGCUACAUGACUUCUCUUGAUGUAGGAAACUCAUAACAAUAUGAACAACUGAUUUUAUAUCCACUUAUUAAUGAGCCCUGUCAUGCAAAAAUAAGUUUUAUGCUUAAUGCAUCCAGCCUUUCUCCAGAUGAGCCGGUGGCUUUUUUGUUGACAAUUUUGAUGAUGUUAAAACCCAAUUUUAGGAAAAUGUUAGUAAAAUAUUUCUGCUGAGAGAAACCACUCCAUCACUCAUGAUAGAUUUUGUUUUAUGCCUGACCAUAUACAUUAGUUGAUAUUCCUAUAUAUGUAUGUAUUUAAUCAUGUAUUGAAUCAACCUAAGGACAAAUCAAUAUUUUUAUUACAAUAACAAUUUGAAUGCUAGUAGUUUAUUUAGAGUAUAUUUGGUCAUUUUUAUGUGGUGUUUUUCUUUUUUUCCAGUAUUUUAUUGUGAUUGUACAAUAUGUCAUUAUGAAGUAUUGGUAACAUUAAUAAAGCAUUAUAAUAACUUAAGUUUGAACACUGUUUAAAUUGAUGGCAUAUGGGUAUCUACUUCCCACACGUUAAAGUAAGCAACUGGACCACCAUUAUUGCAAAUGGGGUGCCAUUUGCAAUUUUAUAUUGUAACAAGAAAAGCAAUAUCAGAAAUUUGUUUUUUACAUAAAUGAUGUAACAUAGGCAGUUGAAGUACACAUUACUGAUAUGAUUUUCGUAGGGAAAUACAAUCACUAUGAAUAACCUAAUAAAAUGAAAUCAGGACAACCAAUAUGAAGCUAAAUAGUAUUAUAUAAUGAAUUGAUUAAAGGCAAAUACAACUAAAUUAUAAAAGUAAAUAAUGAUA